AUGGCCGGCCCGGAAGCUUGGGAGGAGAUCAGCUGCAACUUCUUGCAGGUGUCCCUGAAGUCGGAGCUCCAGGGCUUAGAUGGGGGCUUAGAUGGGGGCCCUCGCUUCUGGAUCGCAGUUGCCUCGCAAGCUUUGACCCUUUGCUGCUUCGCUCUCUUCCUGCUGCUGGAGGGGCUGCCACUACAUGUCUUGAUCCUCCUGGGGUUGACGACCGGCUUGGACUUCGUCUGUACCGACCAGUACCAGCCAAGCAUGCCAAAGAUCUCGAGGCAGUUCGGCGUGGAUCCUGAAGCCGUCGGUUCCACCAUCCAGGUCCAUCUCAUGAGCUGUGCACUGGCAAUGCUCUGUGCUGGACAUUGGGUUCGACAACGACCUGCGACAGGUGGGCUCAUUGCCUGGGCCUUCGGCAGCUACGGCUGGCAAGUUUCAUUUCUUGCCGUCUUUGGUCUCACAGUCCUCAACACUCUGGCGAACUACCUCCUCCUCCCCGAUGUGCGAGUGGAUGAGGAGCCUCAGAAGGCGAUUCAACCGCAGCGAGAUGGUGUGCUCAGACGACAGCUUUUGGUGCUGUUGGGGCUCAGCCUCCUGAGAGGGAGCUCCUACGUCUUGAUGUCCGUGAAUGGCUUCAUCUUCGAAGGCUACUUCCUGGGAGGCAUCCGCCCGGCCGCUUUGAUGAUGUCCAUCUUGGUGGCCGCAAGAGCCUUUGGCAUGUUGGCAUCCACCACCUUGGGCUUCUCCCCUGUGGAGGCCUUGAACCUCUUCUCACCGCUCUUGUUGCUUGCGGCCUGCUAUGCCGCGGUGGUGGGCGCCUUCAUGAUCAGCGACAACCCUUUGACGUACAUGUCGGGCCUGGCCUUACAUCAGUUCCUGGCACAUGGGCCGACCUGGGCCGUUCUGGCAGAAGCCCAAAAAGAUCCUGAGCUUGAUGAUGCGGGCCUCCCGCCGCACAUCUAUGCUGCUAUCAUGAAUGCGAGUGCCUGCAUGCUCUCCUUGUUUGGGCUUUCCGCCAUAAGUGGCGGCCCGUCGGCGGUCCUCUACGUCAUCGCCAUCAUGUCGGCGACGUCACAGGCUUGCAUCCGUGCCGGAAGUCUCUGGGCCGCUGCAAAGCAGCUCGCACAAACAGCUUUUGAAAGCACCUCGGACCCAAAGAAGCCUCCUCCGGAUGAUUGA